AUGGCGUAUCUGGAGAAACAUCGGAUAUAUGAAUUAUUCCACGAAAUUGCUACUCAAUUGGUGCUUAAAAGGCCGGACGACCCAGUUGUAUUUAUGAAACAGUAUCUCGAAUUGGCCAAAAAAAGACUGGACAUUCCCAAGAUCAUUCUUAUUGCACCUCCAGGCUUUGAUAGAAUGGCCUUAGCCAAAGUUCUCCAGGAAGAAUUGGGCGUGCACCCGUUAUCCUUGAGAAAUCUUCGCGAUGCAUUUUCCCAGUCAGAUGUAACUUGUCGUUGCGAGGAAUCGGAGGAUCUCGCGUCCACAAUGAGAACGAUUUUGGAAAGUGGAAUCUUACACGAAAGCGGAUGGCUACUCGUUGAUUUACCGAGAACAAAGAAGGAAGCACGAAUAUUCCAGCGUAUAGGAAUAAUACCGACGCACGUGAUACAGCUUGUAGUUUCGAACGAACCUGAAAACUGGCAAAACAUUUUCACAGACGUCGCUUGUAACCAAACUUCUAAUCAGAUAAACGAGUCGAAAGAUCCAAGGACUCGUAGAUACUUGAAAAAUCUACAAGGAUUGCGGGAAGCGUAUGCACACGCUUUAAUCGAAGUCGAAGUAGGGAUCAGAUCCAUCGACGAGCUUGGAAAAGAUUGCGCGAAACUAGCAAAAAUGAGGAAACUUUGUGGAGCACCGUCGCUUUUGCGCAUUGCGCUCAUUGGAUCUAGAGGAUCUGGUUGUACCACAUUGGCACAAUACUUGGCCGAAAGAUUCAAUCUUGUUCAUAUCGAUUACGAUUACAUCGCGGAACAGACGCGAUUGCAGCAGAAUCCUUUGGGGGAGAUGCUUCGAUUGUUCGAGGAGAAAUGGGGCGAAAGGCCGAAGCCUGAGAUCAGGAUCAAAAUUGUCGAAAAACAUAUAUCUGGCUACGAGUGUUUGAAGAGAGGAUGGGUGCUAACUGGAUACCCGAAAACAGUGGAAGAUUUUCAAUUAUUAGAUUUGAUAGCCACCCCUCCAAACAGAGUGAUAUUUGUGGAAGUAAGUGGCGACGUCUGUAGAGAAAGACUGCUUAAUCGUCGAUACAACGUCGAUACUGGAAGCAAGCAUAAUUUGUCUACGAGAAAGUACGUAGAUAAAGACGAUUGUAGAUUAGGUGUUCAUCCUAAGGACUACAGAUUGAUCGUCGAACGAGAUCUCCAGGAAUACGACGAAAAUGUGAUCGACAUGAUGAAGUAUGCUGGCGAAUCUGCGAUAAAAAUCGACGCUAACCAGGAGGAAAGAGUCGUUCGAGAAAAAGUAGAAGCGUUUCUAAUGCGUGCAGCUCCUUCCUGGCAAUCGAGGAUACCAAGACCUCCACCUGAGAUCGAUCCAAUGGACAUUGAAUACGAACCCGACGGCGAACCAAUUUCCAAAGUGUUGAGCAACGUAUGCACCUGUGAGCCCAAGUAUAGCUUCAUUUAA